CACUUGUUACAAUGGGCUGUGGACUAAAUAAAUUUGAUAAGUUUGAUGAGAAAAGGCCAGGGAAUAUAUAUUCUACACUGAAACGGCCAUAUGUUGAAACUAAGAUUGAUGUGUCAUAUGAAUAUCGUUAUGUUGACUUCACAACCAUCAGUGAAGCUCAACUCCCCAAUUCACCUGCAGUCCGAGUUCCUUCUCUACGUGACCUCCCUGCCAAGCUACAAGAUCUGUACCAGCAGGGCUUCACUGUGGCAGUUAUACAUCCAUUUGUUCAGUUCAGCGAGGGCAGUGAAAGGACUCCCCUGGAGGAGAUGUUCCGAGUAGUCCUCAUCAAGAAAACAGAAAGAAAUUCACCAUGUGAUGGGAGCAAUGAAGAAUACAUCCUGGAAGUGGAACAAUGUUUGUCUCCUGACCAACUAGUAGACCAAAAGCUGAUACCUGACCUAGUGAAGAGGAUCGAGGAUGCAGCCAGUCAGGGAUCAAAGUUUGCCGGUAUAAUACAAGGAUACUACUUUGCAAAGGAACUGCCCUACAGCCCGUCUGAUAGCUUGAGUCAGACAAGCGCUCCCGAAUUCACGGCCAUCAAUAAAGUAAGCAGCGAUACAGAAGAUAAUACUUCAGCAGAUAAGAAAUCAGAUUGCACUAAUGGAAGCACUUCACCAGCAAAGAACACGGAAAAUGAUGAACAGCCCAAAGCAGUCGAUGGGCUGGAUGUUAUUGAGCAGCAAAACGUGGAGUCUACAGCUCUGAAUAAAGGAGAUCAAUUGGAAGAGCUCAAUUUCCAGGUUUCAAACGAGGAUGUAUUUGUUCAUGACAAGAUAACGACUGAAACUACGCCAUCUGAUAAUUGCAGCAUUAGAAAAAUUGAGAUUUUGGCUCUAUUUAAUAAGCCAAAAAGCCAACAGAGGUACAAAAAAUAUUAUACUGUGAACAUCCCAAUGAAGAUCUCCAAGGAUAAGAGUACGAUCAAUGGUCUGGAAGCCAACUGGUUGGAGCACAUGACUGAUCAUUUCAGGAAAGGAUGCUCACUAGUAAAUGCCGUCUUCUGUCUUGGAAUGGUAAAUGAAAUUGAGAUUUUGGCUCUAUUUAAUAAGCCAAAAAGCCAACAGAGGUACAAAAAAUAUUAUACUGUGAACAUCCCAAUGAAGAUCUCCAAGGAUAAGAGUACGAUCAAUGGUCUGGAAGCCAACUGGUUGGAGCACAUGACUGAUCAUUUCAGGAAAGGAUGCUCACUAGUAAAUGCCGUCUUCUGUCUUGGAAUGGUAAAUGACACUACAUCGGAGUUUACAGAUGGUGUUUUUAUUUUUGAAGACUUCCCUGAGCAAGAUCCAAAGACUAUAAAGCGUUAUGAUGCUAUUGUCGUAGAACAGUGGACCAUCAUUGAAGGUUUAGAAGUGCAUACAGACUAUAUGCCCCUGCUGAGCUCUCUGGCUGCCUUUGGUUGGCAACUGACCUGUGUGCUUUCAACACCUAUUGUGAAAAAUAGUAGGGAUGGUAAUGUCACUACCAAGCAGAUUGUGUUCCUGCAGAGACCAGCACUGCCCCAUAAGAUGAAGAGGAAAGAGCCAAAGUUUCAGUGGAGAUUUUCAAAAGAUGAAAAGCACAGCAAGCACUCAAGAAAAGGGAAAGGAAAAGCUAAUUCUAAAGACAAUGAAUCAGACAGGAACAAGAAGAACGAAGAGCAAAUGAAAACGGAUGACACAGUGCAGGUACACAUCAAUCACCCAAAAGAUGGGAACAUCUAUUAUAACCAGAGCGAUGGCCUUCACGAUGAAGUAGCGACCCAGCUGAAGAAAGAAAAAGUUGAAGGAUCACCAGUUAUUCGAGAUACCAAUACCAAUUGUUCACCAAUAGUGGAAGGAAUCACAGACACCAUGGAGGCAGAAGAAAAAGGAAAUAUUGAUAAGACUCAACAUUCUCAAGAAAGGUUGACAGAUGAUGAAGCUGUGAGUGAAGGAAGGGGAGCAGACACAAGUGCAACUGCUGGUGACAAAAAUGGCAGCACAGUGGAAAAUCUCCAAGAAGAAGAAGAACCACCGUUUCCAGGACUUACGGAGCACUUUAAUACCGAUCAUGCUAGUGUAUGUUCAUAA